CAGCAGUGCACCGGUGUCUAGCGGGGGUCUCUAGCCCGCGUUCACAGCGUGUGACGGGCUGGUCUGCUCGAUUCGCUGGCUGCUCUGCAGGUGCGGCUGCCGGCUGAGAAGCUUGACUCUUGCUUGAGCAGCGCGCGCGUCCACAUCACAACAAUGUCUCACGAGUCCGGAUAGAAGCGUCUUGCAUUGGAGCCUGCUGCAUCGGUGUCCGCUGAUCGCCUGUUAUUCUUAGCGGAGGCCAUUGCCGUGCCUCGCCCCGCAUCCCCAUCGUGCAGCUUCGCGGCAUAGCUCCAAGCUGCCACCCGCGCGACCACGAUGCCCAAACCUUGGUUCAAGUCGAACAAGUCGCACACGUCUGUCGACAAUUCGUCUGGGCAACCGUCUCCGGUGCCUUCUGUGAACAACGAGUUCCAGAGUGUCAACGGGCAGCCGGCCCAGCUUGGACAGCAACCCCCGCAGCAGCCGCCUCUCGGUAUCGCCCAGCAGCAGCAGCAGUACAGAACGUCGCAACCGCAGUCGUACCCCCAGCGCACCACCAGCACGAGCCACAGCCACCGCCUGAGCGCGCACGACCAGCUGCAAGGCUACCAGCAGCCCGCCGGCCCUCCCGACCCCUCGCCCGCCUUCGAUCCAGCUCGCCCGAGCGCGCAGCAGCUGCCCGCCCCCGUGUACGCGCAGGAGCCGCCCAAGAAGUCGCGCCUCAGCCGCAUCGCCGCUGGACUGACUGGCCACAAGGACGACGACCCCGCGAAGCAGGCGAGCAAGAGCUCGGUGGGCCGCCGCCAGUCGACGAGAGGCAGAGAGAGCCGCCCGCCCGAGUACCACCCGCAGGACGCGCCGCGCCUGGACACGCCGUCGCAGCAAUACCACCAGCGCCACGGCUCCCAGCAGCAGCUGCCCACCUCGGUCGAGCAAGACGAAGGCAGCCCGGGCCUCGACCCCUUCCUCCAGCAGAACCCGAGCACGCCGGAGGUCCCCCCGAAAGACAUCCAGUACCAGCAGCAUCCGCCGCAGUUUGCGCCAAACUCGCACCAGCCUCAGUACAGUCGGCCGCAGCUCGACAGGGUAAGCACCGAAGGUAGCUACCAGAAGCAGAGCGGGGUAGAGCACUACAGCCCCAACCAACACCAAGGCCCGCAGCAACCACAACCGCAGCAGAACCAGCAAUACCAGGACUACCAGCCGCCUGCGCAGCAGUCUCAGAAUCCAGACACAUACCAGUCCUUUGCCCCGCCUGCCGCACCAAGCCCGCGACUCGGCAACGUCCAGCUGCACGGUCAAGACAUCGCACAGCAGCAGCGCAAUUACUAUCAAUACCAGCAACCGCAAGCCCCUCAGCAAGCACCUCAGCAAGCUGCCCAGCAGGCUCCCCAGCAAGCUCAGUCGCAGUCACCGCAGGACGGCCACACCCAGGGCAACCAGUAUCAGCAACAGUUUGCGCCCCGACCCCAAUCUCAGCCACAGCAAGCCCAAGAGUAUCGUCAGCAGCAGGGUCACCCUACUGGGACCGUAUCACUGCACCAGCCCGAGCUGCAGCAUCCUCAAGCGACUCGUGGUGUGCCGCAGAUAGCUCAGCAGGGCCAGCCGGUCGACUCGCAGCACCUGCAACAAUUGCGUCCACCGUCUUCUCAACAGCAGCCAGCCCCACCAUCACCGCUGCAGCAUCAGUACCAACCAUACGACCAACAGCAGAGCCAGCAGUCACAGGGUUCGGAUUCGCCAAGCUCGAAAAUCUCGGCCCUGAAUCAAAGCCAAGACAACAUGGCACCUAGCAGCCAAAGCAAUGGCAGAGUACGCAAGGUGGCUGAUGGAGGCCAACAGCAGUCCACAACUUCAUCGAGAGAGUCGUCGCUUCUACAACAACCUACACCACAAGGUCAGCCACAAGGACAGACACCUGUGUCGCCAGGCGUCGCGACAUUUGGAGCUAAUGUUGUACCUACAGCUUCGCAAGGUCAGCCCUACCGAGGCGACAAACAGGGUGGGGAGACAGGCCGUGCGACACCUCCAACACGAUUGGCCCUCGCCGACAUGACUGAAGAAGACUAUGAGAGGAUAACAAAAGAGCACGAUGUUCUACGCGAGAAAUACCAGAAAGUGAAAAGGUACUUCUUCGAGCAGCAGAGUCAGGUACAUCAACUGCAGAACACUCUGGCAAACCAACGUCUUUCCUUGUCACGCACAUCGUGGGACGACAGCGAGUACUCAACCCGCUUCAACAGACUUGAUGGACUAAUAGCACAGCUUUCCUUCUCGAUUCGAAAGGACUGGAAGUCAAUUCCGCCAUGGCUGCACCCGGUAGUCAACAAGAAUGCAGUAGAGAUAGGCAAGCAGGAAAUGACUGCCGUUGGCCGUGCCUUCAUGUCACAUUGGCUAGUGGAGAAUAUUUUUGAGAAAUACUUUCAUCCAGACCUAGAACCUGGCUUCUCAACCCAGCUCCGGAUGAUCCAACUCAAUAUCCGCAAGUUCGCGCCCUCGUGUCAUUCUUCAGAGGACGAGGAUUCGCUAGCUGCUAAGAUGAUCAACUGGCGGCUAGCGACGCUUGAGGGCCUGGCAGACCUGCUCAGAGCACCCCAGGCGGAAACAAACCGCCAGAAACUUACGGAAACACUCAACGAAAAGCUUAUCGCAUCGCUACAGAUGUUUUUGAACGAUCCCGCCCCGCCCGAUCUUGCUGGUGGCGUACCGAUGAUCGUCGAGCUGGCUGUCAGCAUCGCUCAACAUCUACCCCUAGAAAGUCGAGAAGUCCAUAUCGAGUAUUUCCCGCCAGGCCAUGGUAUUGUGUCUGAACACAUGAAGAUGGAGUCCGGCAUUCCACCCUUGACAAGCCCAAUUGCCGAGCUAGAAGACGAUCGGGUUUCAUUGAAGAGCGUGGCUUCUAGGUUGGACGACAACGCCUCCGUUGGUGAUCAAGACCUGCAGUUUCAACAAGCUUCUCAGAACGUGAAGGAAGAUAAAAAGCGUGGCUUCUUUGGUGGACUGAAGAAACCGACGACUGCACCGGCAGUGCUUGGUAAACGCGAGUCAUCAUUAGGUCAAGGUGGCAGCCAGCAGAGUCUCACAGGACCGCCUGGAAACUCUAUCGGACCAAAAGAUGAGCCCCCUCCACCCCGCGUUCGCUUGGCUGUGGGUGUAGCUGUGCAGAUCAGAGGCAAGAGCGUCUUGAUCAAGGCACCUGUUUACAGCACUUGAACGAGCUACUACGUUGGAUAUAAGCACUAUUUGGAGUCGAUUUUCUUGGUUCUUCUCCGUCGACAGGGUGUGUAGAGGAUGGAAUCCUGGGAAGGCAUCAUAGCUAUAUUUGAAGCGUCCAAGCCUGGAAGGCAUCGUUGUAUUUAGCGAGCGUUGGAUUUGAUGAUGGACUGCAACACCGAUACCCUCGCUGCUUCUACGGUUGAGCAAAGCAUAGCAAUAAUGAUGGUAUUUCCCUGUCCA